AUGUGUCCGGGGGAGCACGGCUCGACGCCCUGUUUGCACAACCACAGAUCCGGCGACGACAAGGGUGCUUGGGAUGAGUGGAUCACAGAGGCCGCAGGCAAACUGGAAAGUGGGCUGUCGCAGUUCAGCGAGGAGGAGAUCACGCAGCGGCUGCAGCAUGCGCAGGAGUCAGCCAUUAAGCUGCACGUGUGGAGCGCCGGCGGCGACGGCACCGUGUCGGCAACGAUCCAGGCCAUGUUCGACAACGACAUCGAUGUCAACCGCGUGUACUUCUCCUGCAUUCCCUUUGGUACCGGCAAUGAUUUCGCCGAUGCCCUGGGCUGGGGCCGCAGCGUGCCCGGCAAUGCGGUCGGCGAGAGCAUGAAGCUGCUGAACAAGAUCAUCACUGAGCGCCUCGACGGAUACACGUGUAAGCUCGACAUCUACGAGAUGACAUUCACCACAUACGAUGACGGCCACAUCAAGCAUGUCAGCAAGGACAUGUUCAAGCAGCCCGGCAUGAAGCGCUACUCGUGUCUGAUGAUCGACUACUUCUCGCUCGGCGUGCAGGGCUUUGUUGGGUCGUCAUUCGAGCUGCACCGGCCCGGCAAGCGCGCACUCAACAUUCUGAUGUACACGGCGGCGUCGGCCAAGUGGGUGUUCAUGAAGAAGUUCCCGCCCAUCAACGAGGCCCUGGAGUCGAUCAGCACGGAGCCCAAGGCCCGGCACAUGUGCACAGCCAGCGACUUUGGCGAGGGCGUCGACGCCGACCUGCCGGUGAUCCGCUCCAAGCCCAUUGAAAUCGACAUCCAGAACGUCGCGCGCUUCUGGGGCCGCAACAUUGACGUGUGGAAUAACCCGCACAAGGAGGACUCGGGCCGCUCGCAGCUGUCCAACAAAAAGGGCGUUACCGAUAGCACCAACUGGACCCCGCAGUACGCUGGCGACGGCAAGGUCGAGCUGUUCAGCGUGCGGGAUAUCGGCGACUACGCACUCAACCAGAUGCCCGGCCGCAGCGACUACCGCAUCAACCGCCUGGCGCAGAUGGCCGGGCCCCUGGCACUGCAUUUCCGGGCGCCCGAGGACUACCCGCCGCGCUCCAACAACCCGCUGACCAGCCAUAAAAACAUCGAGCAGGGGCUUCUAUACGGUAUGUGUGAUGGCGAGUUCAUUGAGCUGUACCACCCACGCGACAUCGUGAUUUCGCGCAAGGUCACGCUCAAGGCCAUUGGC